GUCAAAUUGGAUUUCGUCUGCUAGAUCCACGAGUUGAUGUUUUAUAAAUCGUGUGUCGUCCUUUCGGUCAGAAUUCAUUCUUAACGAAAAAGUUAAUAAUAAUUUGUCAUGGCUGUGGAAAAUUUCGGAAAAGACAUCGGAGCUGAUGGAUUGCUUGCUGCAGCCUCGGUGUUGGAGCGACCAGCAGAGGAGUUCGUGAAUGAUUCUAUGAUUGAAGAAUUAUGGGCCAUUAAAGCAUUCGAACAUGCUGAAAUCUACUUCAAUUUAUUGAGCUCAGUGGACCCUAAAGUUUUAAGAUUGACCAAAAUGGAUGAUCAACUUUAUAAACAUUUUCGGGAAACAUUUCCUGACCUCAAUGUGGCUUUUGUAACCGAAGAACAACUCAAAUCUGCUGAUGCCAAAGAAUUCUGGAGAUCAUUUUGUGAAAUCUACAAGGAAACAGUGGAAGAUUACAAUUACGCAACAUUGAUUCGCCUUAACUCAGCCAAGGAAUACUGUGAAUCUAAUUCCAUGAUUGUACCUAGAGUACAGUUCUUAGCAAUUGAACUAGCAAGAAAUAGAGAAGGGCACAAUGAUUUGAUCAGAACCAAUUUCAAGCCUAAAAAACUUCAAACUAGAUCCUGAAAGCUGAGAAAUUAACAAGAAAAUACUUCUCUUGAGCACCAUUUACUCAAAAGUUUGCUUUCUCCGGGAUGAAAAUAAACGCUGAAUUUGAUUAUUGUAA